AAAUUUUAAUUUUUUUAACCUUUUUUUUAUUACACUAUACUUUAUAUACCAUGAAUAGCCCUCUCGGUGGAAUGAGAGGCCAGAACAAUGGCAUGAGUCUCCAAGAGCAACAAACUAUUAAAAUGAUGCAAGGUGUUAUGGAAUCCUGUGUUGCAAAGACUGCCAUGUCAGGCGUAGCAGGUUUUGGUAUGGGUGCAGCAUUCGGUUUAUUCAUGUCAUCAUUCGAGUAUGCAGGCCCCGUCAUGCAUGAAGAGCUUGUAAAGCAAACAACAAAACAACAAAUUAAGCACGCCUUCAAGGAUAUGGGAACUCGAUCCCUCUCCAUGGCAAAGAAUUUCGGUAAAGUUGGCAUGAUCUAUGCAGGAUCUGAGUGCUGUAUUGAAUCGUACCGUGCAAAGAAUGAUUUAUAUAACAGUGUAGUAGCUGGUGCCUUCACAGGUGGUCUUUUAGCUGCUAAGGCUGGCCCUCAAGCAAUGUUACUCGGUGCUGGUGGUUUUGCUGCCUUUUCACUGGCCAUUGAUUGGUAUAUGCACCGUGAUUAGACUAUAAACAAAAAAGAAAGUGUAAAGUAUAUAAAUUCCAACCAUAGAAAUAAUAAUAAAAAAAUCAGAUGGAAACUCUUUCUUUUUUUUUUUUUUUUUUUUUUUUAUUAAAAGGAAAAAAAAAGGGGGGGAAGGGUGUCCAAGUGUAUAAUAAUCUUCAAUCAAGAUUCCAACUCUUUGCAGACA